AUGAGUUACCUUAACUUGUUUUGGUUAUACUCUCGACUUUGUCGACUUGAUUUGGUUGGAAAAACUGUGAAGGGAGAGAUCGAGGUUCGAUUUUCAAGUUUUUUUUUUGAAAAGAAAACGUGGAAUUCUUCAAGGAAGAGGGAAAUUUGGGAUUUUUUAUGAGGGAAAAUACGUUAUUUCCAAGAAAAAUCAUAAUUUUUUCAGAAACAAACUCGGAAACCAUGGAAAACCUGCCUGCACAAAACUACAAAAAACAAAGAUUUCGAAAUUUUCGGUGAGUUUUUCUAACCAAACAAGAAGAAGUUCUGGAAUUUUGAUUGAAAAUUGAUGGAAUUCAAAUUGUAUCAAUUUUCAAUUGGAAUUUCAGAUGGAAUGCGGAAGCUAUGCCCAAUUUUUGAAUUGAAAAUGAAAAAGUUAGUUUCUAGCCUGUAUGAUCUGGAAUUCUAGUUUGAAUGAAAUUUGUUGUAAAAUUCUUAUUUAUCUCUUCUCCCAGUACAGAUAACAUAAUUUUAAUGAAAAAACGUACUUUCUUGAAUUAUUCUUCUAUUUAGAAUGAGUAUUUCACUCAUUUCUUUUACAGGAAAAUCGUCGGCGAAAAAUAUCGAUUCAAUUAAUGAAGCGAAUUCCGGUUGGAAGAUUUUGAUUUUCGAGGAAAAUUUGAGGAAAUGUGAGUUUUUUCAACGUUGAUUAUGAAAAUUUGAGCUACUGCGUUUUAUGCAACCUGGGAGAUAGUCUUAUGCGGGGUUCAACCAUGUGAAACCGAAAUUUGUCGAGUUUUUCGAAAAAAAAAAAAAAUGAAAAUAGAAUAAAAUAUUUGGUCGUUGCGGAAGGGUGUGAUAUUUAAGAUGUCCUUAGCCUAACUACAGAAUUAGGACAAUUGCUGCAAAAUAAAUUUUGAAGGAGAAGAAAUAUAUUAUUUAUUGCUAUGAGACAUGUUUUUGACGUAUUCCUGGAAGAUGAUAAUCAGUGCGAUACGUACUGUAGCUUGCGACGGACAAACACUUACAGCAACCUGUACAACUACAACCUCUUUCCAAUGGACGGAUGGUAGCACAACUGGAACUGACGGGUUUCAAUGGGUUACGGGUCAACCUGACAAUUCAGAUGGUGUUUCGAAUUAUGUUGUGAUACUUGUUGGUAGUAAAUUGAUGGAUGAUACAAACGACACAGGCAGCAGAGAUGGUGUGGUCUGCGGAGUGGCCGCCACCUAA